AUGGAGAGCCCAUUUAGCGUCCCAGAUGGUCACCGCGCCCACCAUGUCACUGAUACCGACCAAAGUGGACAUAUCGUUAUUGUCUCAACACUUCUGAUGUCGUGGAUGGUGUUGUGCUUCUUCAUCCGGAUAUACAUACGUUCAGAUAUCAAUGGCCCUUUUGGACUGGACGAUUUGGUGGCAGGGAUAGGAUCAAUGUUAGGCAUUGUUCAUGUCGGUGUGUUACUGAAAGCGGUCAGCCAGGGAGUAGGAAAAGCGAAAGAACACUUACGCCCGACUGACAUAAAUACCGCUGAACAGACUCUCUAUAUCAGCGAUAUACUCUUCAUUUUGGCAUAUUCAUGUGCCAAAGCCGCCGUUGGUCUGCUCCUAUACAGGUUGGGGCGUGACACUCUAUACAAACGUGGGUGUGCCGCAAUUGCACUUUUCAUAGGGCUAUGGGGAAUGGCUGCUACAUUCGCCAUGUCCAUGAAAUGUGACAUUUCAAACCCCUGGAUAUUGAGCGAUAAGUGCCAUCAUAUCGAAUUACGUUGGCAAAUUAUCACUGCGUUUGACGUUUUAUCAGAGCUCAUGAUGUUUGGAAUGUUGGUAUAUCUCAUCUGGGGAUUGCAGAUGGUGAUGAGCCGAAAAUUCGUUAUAGCGGGCGCUUUUGCCUGCAGACUCCCCGUGGUAGGAUUUUCUAUAUUUCGACUCACGACAAUAAAUGGCGUAGUAGAUCUACGCGACCCAACAAUUUCAAUGGUGUCAUACGUCAUAUGGACGGAAAUACUCUUACAUUACAGUAUAAUGGCGGCCACUAUACCCUGCCUAAAGCCAUUUUUCAUUGCCUUCAACACUGGAUGGGGCCAGGGAAGUCACAAAAGGACCAGCAGGUACCCUUCAUAUAAUUCUGGGUCCAGUUCCAAGACUGACCCUAACUUUCCCAACGAGUUCGGGAAGAUAAUAGGCACUUCCCAGGCAGAUUUCCGGAAUGAUGCCUCCGGAACAAGAACUCUAUCACAUACCCGCAACCGCGGGGAAGCUCCCUCGAUUGAAAGUCACGAAUCACAGCAGAUGAUAAUUCGGGAGACCCGGGGUUGGACAGUUGAACAUGAAAGCUUUGAAAUGAGCAAUUAUGAAAAUAUGCAUCUGGCAUGA